AUGAAGUUGGGCCUUGCGGUCUUUUUGGCUCUUGCCGUGGCAGGUGUGCAUGCGGGCGUGUUCAAGUCGCGCCUUUCCAAGUUGCCCAAUGCGGGACAGCGCACUCUGUCUUCGAUGGUUUCGCAGGCCGAAUUCCUAGGCGCCAAGUACGGUGCAGCUGGCAAGCAGCAACCCUUUUCGCUGAUUCAUGAUGCGGCCGGAGAUGUGCGUAUUCAAAGCACAGACGCAGGCAUGAUGUCAGAAAGAUGGCACGCCAAUGCUAAUGCAGGACAUAAUGUACCGCUCACGGACUUUUUAAACGCGCAGUACUUUGCUGAUAUCGAGAUUGGUUCGCCACCCCAGCAGUUCAAGGUAAUCUUGGACACCGGAUCUGCUAAUCUGUGGAUUCCCUCUGAAUCUUGUACAUCAAUUGCAUGUCUUAUUCACAGAAAAUAUGACAAUGCAUUGUCAACGACCUAUCAGGCGAAUGGUAGUGACUUUGGAAUUCAUUAUGGUUCGGGUAGUGUUGAAGGCUUUGUCUCUCGCGACAACCUCAAGAUUAGUGACUUGGAAAUCAAGGGUCAAGAGUUUGGUGAAGCGACGACUGAGCCUGGCCUAGCCUUUGCUUUUGGCAAGUUUGAUGGUAUCCUUGGUCUGGCAUACGACACAAUUAGUGUGAACAAGAUUGUGCCACCGUUUUACAAAAUGGUUGAGCAGAAUCUGCUCGAUGAAAACCUUUUCGCCUUCUAUCUUGGUGAAAAUGACUCGGAAGGUGGCGAAGCUACCUUUGGUGGCGUUGAUACGGACAAAUUUGAAGAUCCCAUCGUGUACGCACCAGUGCGCCGCCGUGGCUAUUGGGAAGUGGCUCUCAACAAGGUUGGUUUCGGUGAUGAAGAACUCGAGCUACCCAGAACAGGAGCUGCCAUUGACACUGGCACGUCUCUGAUUGCUAUGCCAUCGGCUGUAGCUGAGAUUCUUAACAAGCAAAUUGGCGCUAAGCGCAGCUGGACAGGCCAGUACAGUCUGGACUGCAGCAGAAUACCGAGUCUUCCUUCACUUACGUUCUAUCUCGAUAAUAAGCCAUACACACUCGAGGGCAAAGACUACAUCCUGAAUAUCCAAAACACGUGUAUUUCGUCCUUCAUGGGCAUGGACCUGCCAGAACCAGUGGGCCCUUUGUGGAUCAUUGGCGACGUUUUCCUUCGCAAGUUUUAUACCGUAUACAACCUAGACAAGAAUGCUGUAGGUUUUGCUAAGGCGGUGCACCGCCACCACUAA